AUGAGUCGCAAGAGAGUAAGAUCAUCGGAAGCCGUGCAGUACUGGUUGAUGAAGUCCGAGCCAAACAAGUUCUCUAUCGAUGAUCUUAAAGAAUGUGGACGAUCACCAUGGGAUGGUGUACGCAAUUAUGCUGCGCGGAAUUACAUGAAAUUGAUGAACGUUGGGGAUCGUGUUUUGUUUUACCACAGCAACGCGAAGCCACCAGGUGUUGUGGGUCUUGCCUCCGUAGUGAGAAAGGCCUACCCUGAUCAUACAGCUCUGGACGCCACUUCAGAGUACUACGAUGCCAAGGCCACUGAGGCUAAAAAUCCAUGGGAGAUGGUUGAUGUCCAAUUUGAGGAGAAAUUUUCAUCUCUAGUUUCACUAGAGCAGUUAAAAGAGGAGAAGAAGCUUUCCAGUAUGUUAUUAUUCACAAGGACGAGACUGAGCGUGCAGCCUGUUACGAAGAGUGAAUACGAACACAUUGUGUCGUUGGGGCGGAAGGGAUGA